CAAGCGCCGGGAAUAGCCUGUGCGAGGAGAGCGGUGGGGGCGGCCGCACGUGCUGCCACGCGCGUUGUGCGAGGAAACCUGUGGGGAAAAGAUCUGCCCCCGGCCCAGCUUUCCUGGUGUCAGGAGUAACGGUCCAGGCUCGGAAAUCCUACGGUAAUGUUCGGAGGCAGGAGUGAUGAGGCAGUGAGAACAACGCCCCUUCAGUGCAAUUUCUUGCCUAUAUCGAAGACUGGACUUCCUGAUGGAGUGAAUAUUUCUAAAGAAGCUCGGAGCGCAAUAUCUCGAGCGGCAAGUGUGUUUGUGCUCUAUGCGACAUCAUGUGCAAAUAACUUUGCAAUGAAGGGGAAGAGGAAAACGCUGAAUGCUGGUGAUGUUCUCUCUGCCAUGGAGGAAAUGGAGUUUCAGCGAUUUGUAGCCCCUUUAAAAGAAUCACUGGAAGUUUACAGGCGUGAACAGAAAGGAAAGAAAGAAGCAAGAAAAGAUAAAGACAAGAAGGCAGACUCAGAAGAGCAAGAUAAGAGCCGAGAGGAAGAGAAUGAUGACGAUGAUGAAAGAAUGGAGGAAGAAGAGCCAAAUGAGGAGGAAGAGGUGGACAAUUGAGCGUUCUGAUGAGACGUGUGCAGGAGUUGGGCUCUAUUCAUAGGGAUAUAAAUGCUGUAAAUCAGUCUUUCUGUGUCCCCUCUUGGUUUCCAGUAGAGCUUUGUACUCUUCCUCUGGGGCCCAUGUCUUUUUGGCUUUAGCUUGUAUAUAAAGGACUUUUACUACAGCUUUUCUAGUGGAAGGACCACCUCCUCCCUGUGCACAGGGAACUUGGCACUCUCUCCAGAUUCUGACCAAACAGUAAUGACUGGGUAAAAAGACUGCUUUUUAUGCUGGGUUGACUCUGAAAUACAGGAAAAAGAAAUGUCAGAUUCUCAGUAGGGAAACUGGUCAGGAGAACAUGAGGGAACUGUUGAAUGAGCUUGUUAAACCAAGUCAGUGGCCGAAUUGAAUAGGUUGUAACUUUGGGGUUUAGAAACUACAUGAUGAUGUUAAGAGAGACACCUUCACAUCUCAGAAGCUGAAUGUUUAAGGGUUUUAUCUAAGUGACUUCAUUUUCCCUUCAUUUUCUUGUAUUCUGGCUGUGCCUUCUCUUUCUGCGGUGACACUGAUAAUGUGUUUUACAACUGUACCAGUUGUAUGCAGUGAUACAGUGCAACUGUACAAGGACCAGUGGUCCACUGAACUGACUUUCUGCCCAGAAUCAAUCCAAACGAAAAGAACUUCACUGCAAUUAUAAUGUAAACUAAAUACCGAAAGUGCUUGUUUUAUGUUUUUUAAAGCCCCUGGGAGACCAAGAGCCAUUUUAUUAAAAAUCUGAAGCAAAACUAAGAGCUAAGAUGUGUUAUGUAUCAGCAAUGAUGCAAUAUUGUAUCAAGUGGUACAUUUGUUGCAGGUCAGCAGCAGGCGCUGGUGGAUCUGGUGGUCUCACCACCUUUCGAGCUGCAGCUCCUUCUGCACACAGGUUGGUGACUGCAGCAAGUUUACAUGUGGUAUUAGAAUAGAUUGGUUGGGGGUUUUUGUGGGUUUUAUUUUUUUCAAAUUGGAAUGGGCUAACUACAUGGAACAAAGGUCCUCCUUUAGCCUUUUUAGUACAAGCUAUCCAGAGCUAUUCAAAAGAUGCAGUCUACCUCCCAGUGUGAUGGGCUCUAGGAGUGCAGUGAGGACAGGAUAAUUCCUACCUAGGAAGGCCGUUUUCCAGCCUGUGGUUUUUAAAUGCCUCCUCCAAGAAAGAUGAGUCAGCUGAUGAAUGGGUUCAAGCAAGCUGGCUGUAUUUCUAGCAUUCCUAUAGUUUUGUUCUUUCAUACUUGAAUUCUUAGUUUUGAUACCUUUCCUUUCUCUUCUGUGAGAAAGUAUCUAUUCCAAUAAGCCCCUUUUAGGGAAAAAAAAAAAAGUUUUAUCAUUUGACUGCUCAUUUAAAGGCUAAUAAACCUAAUAACUGGAGUUAAAUGAGCUCUGCUGAAGGAAACCUGAGGAAAAUUUUAGGUACAUUUAAAUAAACUCAACCAUUUGCUGAUGCGCAGUUUAAAAGUGAGCACUUGUGUGGAGUGGGUACAUCCUUUUCACUGUUUCUCCUGAGAAACUGCUGCAAAGCUUCCCACAAGAGCUACCCUGCCUGUACAUUUUCAUGGCAUGAUGUUUUUCUGUCAUGCGGAAGCCCAGUUCAGGAAAAGAACUGGAUCGAAAGAGACUUUCUGCCAUCUAGCUUCUGCUGCCACACAGUCAGUAACAGCAGAAAAGACUGAAGUGUUGACAGUGUCUCCCCAAGGUCUCUAAGUACAAAAAAGGCCUUCUUUCUCUGUUUUUUUUUUUUCAUCCUCUUAUAGUAUGUAUCUGGGGUGUAUCUUCUGGAAGGGAGCACUGUUAAAAUAAAAGCCAGAUUCUUCACAGAAA